AUGGCUCGUUUACCUACCAGCAAGUACAUGAUCUCGUCGCUGAAGCGCAAUAACAUUUCAAGGGAGAGCCUCUUAGCGGGGAUAAGAUAUACUUGUGAUGAAAUUAGAGCGGUGGAGAGGGGUUUGAUUGAUGGCGUCGCUUCAACAAACUGGAGUGAUCAGAACAACCGUGGUAGAGUUGGCGGCUCUAGUCUCAACAGCAGCAACAGCAGCGGUGGUGGUGACACUGGUGUUGGUGACUAUAGCGGGGGAGCGGAAUGGCCUGAAGCAUGCUGGCCCAUCCCUGGCGUGCCGUUCAACAGAUUCUCGCCCUUCUCCCAGCGCCGCCGCUACCUGGUGCUGGCGGCAGUGACAGAGCAGCUGAGCAACGCGCGGGUCCACCUGGUGGAGGCGGCCAGGCUGGCGAAGAGAACAGGGCGGAUCCUGGUGCUGCCCAAGGGAGCCAACAGCCGCAUCUCCCUCGGCCGGUCCCUCCCCAUCUGCUCCUACUGGGACAUUUCCCGCUUUACCCCCUACGAGUGGGUGUCCCCGGAGUUCUACCUCCUCGCAGCGCGGGCAACCCUCACGCGCCCGUCCGUGGGGUUCGUGUGGGUGCAAUCGCCCAACAUGAUCGUGAAGGGGCCGUUCCAGGCGGGAAUGGUGGUGGGGGUGGGGGGGAACGUGGGGGGGGGGCGCGGGGGGCAACGGGGGGGUAAGGGGAGACAGGGGCGUGGGAGGGGACAGGGGAGUGAUGGCGCCACUGCUGGUGCAUGCGCUGGGGCAUGUGGGGAUGGUGGUGGCGGGUGGCGUGACAGUGGAGUGAUGGCGCCGCUGCUGGUGCAUGCGCUGGGGCAUGUGCCUUGUGCCGCCAACACUCUCGAGUGUAGGUGUGGGGAUAAGGAUGGGGAUGGGGAUGGGGAUGGAAAUGGUACUGGUAAUGGGGAUGGUAAUGGUAAUGGGGAUGGUAAUGGGGAUGGUAAUGGUAAUGGUAAUGGUAAUGGGGAUGGUAAUGGGGAUGGUAAUGGGGAUGUUAAUGGGGAUGGUAAUGGGGAUGGUAAUGGGGAUGGUAAUGGGGAUGGUAAUGGGGAUGGUAAUGGGGAAGGUAAUGGGGAUGGUAAUGGGGAAGGUAAUGGGGAUGGUAAUGGGGAUGGUAAUGGGGAUGGUAAUGGGGAUGGUAAUGGGGAAGGUAAUGGGGAUGGUAAUGGGGAAUGUAAUGGGGAUGGUAAUGGGGAUGGUGAUGGGGAUGGGCGUAACUGUGUGGCUCAAGCACAGACCAUCGCUGGUGGACUUCCCCAUCCCCUCAGACCACAUUUCCCUUCCUCUGCUCUGCCUCCUUACUCUCAAGCCACUCACUCUUGUCUCCCCUGUCUCUCUUCCCCCUGUCUCUCUUCUUAUGCAACUUGCAACCUGUGA